GCCGCGAGUAAGUCAGAGGAAGGAGGCUUGGGAGGGAGGAGGUCUCAGCUGCAGCCAUGCUGAAUCACUGUUGCUGAUCAGAAACCCUCGCGGCGCUGCUGGGAGAACCCGGAGAGCAGCGCUAGUUCCCCGGGUGCAUGCACAGUUUGGUGGCUACUGACCCUGCCGGGCCUCCCGCAAUGGAGGGCGAAAGUGUCAAGCCAAGCCCUCCUCCACCCACGGUGCAGGCCGAGGAAGCCGAGAAGAACCAGAAGACCGUCACGGUCAACCCUGCGCACAUGGGGAAGGCCUUCAAGGUUAUGAAUGAGCUCCGAAGUAAGCGGCUGCUGUGUGACGUGAUGAUUGUGGCAGAAGAUGUGGAGGUAGAAGCCCACCGUGUGGUCCUGGCGGCCUGCAGCCCUUACUUCUGUGCCAUGUUCACAGGUGACAUGUCUGAGAGUAAAGCCAAGAAGAUUGAAAUCAAGGACGUGGAUGGGCAGACGGUCAGGAAGCUGAUUGACUACAUCUACACUGCAGAGAUCGAGGUGACGGAAGAGAACGUGCAGGUCCUGCUUCCAGCAGCCAGCUUGCUGCAGCUCAUGGACGUUCGGCAGAACUGCUGUGACUUUCUGCAGUCUCAGCUGCAUCCCACCAAUUGCCUGGGCAUCCGCGCGUUCGCAGAUGUGCAUACCUGCACGGACCUCCUGCAGCAGGCUAACGCCUAUGCAGAGCAGCACUUCCCGGAGGUGAUGCUGGGAGAAGAGUUUCUGAGCCUGAGUCUGGACCAGGUGUGCAGCUUGAUAUCCAGUGACAAGCUGACCGUCUCCUCCGAAGAGAAGGUGUUUGAAGCUGUGAUUUCAUGGAUCAAUUAUGAGAAGGAGACUCGCUUAGACCAUAUGGCGAAGCUGAUGGAGCAUGUCCGGCUCCCUCUCCUACCAAGGGAUUAUCUAGUCCAGACAGUUGAGGAAGAGGCUUUGAUAAAGAAUAACAACACCUGUAAGGACUUCCUCAUUGAGGCUAUGAAGUACCACCUACUGCCCCUUGACCAGAGGCUCUUGAUCAAGAACCCCAGGACCAAGCCCCGGACUCCAGUCAGCCUGCCCAAGGUCAUGAUUGUGGUUGGUGGCCAGGCUCCUAAGGCGAUCCGCAGUGUGGAGUGCUAUGAUUUUGAGGAGGGCCGCUGGGACCAGAUAGCUGAGCUUCCCUCCAGGAGGUGCCGAGCAGGUGUGGUGUUCAUGGCUGGCCAUGUGUAUGCCGUGGGUGGGUUUAACGGUUCUCUGCGGGUGCGGACAGUGGACGUGUAUGACAGCGUGAAGGACCAGUGGACAUCCAUUGCCAGCAUGCAGGAGCGCCGGAGCACGCUGGGUGCGGCCGUGCUCAAUGACCUUCUCUACGCAGUUGGGGGCUUUGAUGGCAGUACCGGCCUGGCAUCGGUAGAAGCCUACAGCUACAAGACCAAUGAGUGGUUCUUCGUGGCUCCCAUGAACACUCGGCGGAGCAGUGUGGGUGUGGGUGUCGUGGAGGGGAAGCUGUAUGCCGUCGGGGGUUAUGAUGGCGCUUCCAGGCAGUGCCUGAGCACUGUGGAGCAGUACAACCCGGCCACCAAUGAGUGGACAUACGUGGCAGACAUGAGCACCCGACGCAGUGGCGCUGGGGUUGGGGUGCUCAGCGGACAGCUGUAUGCCACUGGGGGGCAUGACGGACCCUUGGUGAGGAAGAGUGUUGAGGUUUACGAUCCUGGGACCAACACCUGGAAGCAGGUGGCAGACAUGAACAUGUGCCGACGUAAUGCAGGGGUCUGUGCGGUGAAUGGGUUCCUGUAUGUGGUCGGAGGGGAUGAUGGAUCCUGCAACCUGGCGUCAGUAGAGUACUACAACCCGGUCACUGACAAGUGGACGCUGCUGCCAACCAACAUGAGCACUGGGAGGAGCUAUGCAGGUGUUGCUGUGAUUCACAAAUCCUUGUGACCCGAACUCCCUGCCUGUGACUCACUCAGCAGGGAGCAGCUGGACCAUGACAACUGAUGAGAUUGACUGGGAGGCUCUGCAGUGGUUUGACAACCACCCGAGUUGUCUUGGCAGGCCAGCCUCAACCCUCUCGGUGUGGACAUUGAUGACCCACCUUCUGCUCCCAGGUGCUUUGGUUUCUGCUCUAACAGUUGGGUUCCUGACAGCCCCAGCAGCACCCUUGGGAGUGUGUGUGUGUGUGUGUGUGUGUAUGAGUGUGUGCAUGUGUGUAAAACAUUUCAUUCAGUGGGGCCUGGGGCUGUGUAAGCAUCUACUAGAUUUCAUUACUACUGAUAUUUUUACUGUGCUAAACUCCUACACACAUCUUCUGGACUUGUCCUGUGGACAUACUAGACUACUAAAGAUGCUGUCUUCUGGAGGUCCAGGCAGAACUAGCCAAAAGCACACUCCACCAUGUCUGGGACCAUGACUUGACUACUGUAGCCAUGUGGAAUUUGGAGGUUUCUUCAGAGCUGCUCUAUAGCCUCCAUGUACCUCCAGGGUACCUGUGCCAUUGCCUCUUCCUUGGCUGCUUUCUAGGAGGUGGAUGAGAACUGUUUUGUCUUCACAUCUUGGCCUCUAGUCUUUGAUGUCAUGGAUUGAAGGUUUGGAAGAUUUUGUGUCUUUUCAGCAGGGAAAACAAACUCAUCAGAUAAUUGCUAGGUCAAACACUGGAGAGACAUAGACAGGAAAAGCAAGCAAGGAAGCAAGCUAUCAAGCAAAUGAGCAAGUAAGCAAGCAAGAGGGCAAACAGUCGAUCAAGUGAGCAAGCAAGUGAGCAAGCGAGGAAGUGCUCAAGCAAGCAAGUGCUCAAGCAAGCAAGCAAGUCAUCAAGCAAGCUAGAUAGCAAGCAAGCAUUUAUGCAAGCAAGCACUCAAGCAUGCACACACUGCAAGCAAGUGAGCUAGCAAGCAAGCAAGCUAGCUAGCAAGUGCUCAUGCAAGCAAGCUAGCAAGCAAGCUAUCAAGAAAGCAAAUGAGUGAGUAAGCAAAUGAUCAAGUAAGCAAGCAAGCAUGCGAGGUAGCAAGCAAUUGAGCAAGCAAGCAAGCUAUUGAGCAAGCAAGCAGACAGACACUAAAACCAAAGUGGUAUGGAUGUUCUUUCCACCCACAGUGAUCUCAGAGAGGUACCCUGCCUUUGACUGUUCUCAGGGCACCUACCCUAUUUAUUAUGCUUUUUUAUAUAGGCUUACUUAUUCAUGGUAUCAGCACUCAUGUGGAGGAUGAGUAAAAGGUCACCCGGCCACUAAACCCAGAGAUAGGUUUGUCCCUGGGUUAGGAGGGGCCAUGCAUAACUCAGAGGGACAUGAAUGACUUCUAAGAAAUAUACUAGCUGGAUCUGGCCAUUUGUGAUGAUGGUCAGGGCUACCCAUAUCGUUAUCUUCCCUUUCUCAUGAUUCCCUCCUCUUUCAGGGUCCUCAUCCUUUCCCCGGCCUCCAAAACACCCCAUUUUCCUUUCCUUUUGGGGAGGAGAUAGUAGUGCGCCCUUCCUCAAAGACACCUGUAUUUUAAAAAAUGAAAGCAACGUUUUGCUCAGCCACAGAUCCAAAUUAUUAAGAAUGUAACUUCAGGUACCUGGCGUGGCAUUUGGAGGUUCGUGAAAGCACACACAUUAAGGGGCGGGGGUCGGAUGUUUGCUGCACAAGCAUGGAUUUGAUUUCUAGCACUGAUGUAAACAAACAAACAAACAAAACCAAAACCUCUCUGGGUAGAGCAGUUCGCAUCUGCUAUGUUAAAGCUGGGAAGGCUGAGGUUGGCAGAAACCUGAGCCUUUGGGGGGACAACCAGCCUAGGCUACCCAGCGGUCUCAGGCCUCAGGCAGAGACUCAUAAAACAUGAGUCAGCAAAAAUGCUGGCUCCUGAGGACCAACGUUAAAGGUUGACCUCUGGUCUUUGUACAAACAAAGAGCUUCAAAGCCGAACUCUUCCUAAGCAAGGAAAUUGCUUGUACUGGCAUUUCUGCUGCAGGGGGGUGGGGUGGGGACUUUGUGCCCGGAGAACAGUCUCACACCCAGGGGUUGGAGUCCAUCCACCCCCAACUCCCAUCCCCGCAUCAGAGGCCACAUAGAAGAGACCAAGGAACUUCAUAAAACCCUGACACAGAUAGCUUCUUGGAAGUACAUUGUGUAGGAGGUUGGCACGCCCUGCCCUCUGCAUUUGGAAACCCAGCUUCUCCCCAGCUAGGCAGUAUUUCCUGAGUGAUUCAAGCACCCUCUUCCACGAGGGCAAAUCUUCUGUAAUGUCAAGCAGAAUUAGGAACCGCCACAUCCAGAUAGCUCACAGUCAUCGGAAGAAGCUAGAGUACCAGGUUUGGGGGACCCAGAGGGAUGCAAGCGUUUUCUCAGCAGGUGCUCUGGCUCCAGCUGUGAGUGGGGAGAGCGCUUGUGCCAGGAAGUGUGCAGAAUGCAUUCCUAAUGCCCUGCCCCCAUUUCCAGGCAAAUCUGGGGACUUGUUUGAGGUAGAGAGAGGUAAAGAUAAGUUUGGGGAUCAGAGUCUAGUGAGCUGUUUGCACAAGCACUCUAUUUUGGGUGAAAAGUAACCCCACCGCCUCCCCCACUCCCACCCAAGAACCUAGACUUUUCUAUGUAGGGGUCACGAUGAGUCUUCCUUUGCAUCCUCUUCCCGGAGAGAAGCCCUCCUUCCGUGGAGGCCGGCCAGCCACGGUUUUCGCUGGAGCUUUUGCUGUUGGCUGCACCUCAUGUCUCCCUCCUUGUGAAGCACCGCUUCGGCGGGUGGAACCGCUGAGGGUCCACUCAUUCCACCCCUGUGCGUCCUGUCUCACGGGGCCUAGAACACUGGUACGUCACCACCAAAAAGCCAAUCUGCCCUAGCUGCCCACAGAUGCCACCCCGGGACCUGUGCUGCUCCAUUCUCAGGUAGAAGUCUCCCCAUGGUGGAUACCUCAGACCUGCUUUCAAGGCUGUGCUAGUCACGCAGUGGGUGGUGACCCCACCCCCGCCCGUCACAGCGGCCACCCCUGCUAGUGAAUACAGCCCUGUCAGGGGCACAUCUGAAAUCCGACUGCAGUGGCUACCCAAGGUUAGAAGCAGCUUCGACACCACUUGGAUGCUGAUUCGGACAACGUAGAAGUCAGCUUCUGAAUUCCAAAGUUAUUUCUCCUAAGUACCCAACAGCAUCUCCAUCUUAAAAAACAAAACAAAACAUGGCAGUAUUAUGCAAAUGAAGUGACCUCAUUUUUUUCUGCUAUGCAAUAAGAAUUCUGAAUUGUAUCUCAUGACAAGCCAGUUGCAAUAUCCCCUCAGCUGCUUUCUUUCUUUUUUUUUUGAGCUGUCCUACUUUGAUAUCUGUUGUGUAACGUUUGUAUAUUUCUGAGCUAGAUUCUUUCAAAGAUUACCUUUUUGUAAAAUUGAAGCUGUAGCUUUCAGGCUAAAGUUUUAAUGUAGAUAUUUUUAUAGAUAAUUUUUCACGACGUUUGAAUCACUUUCUAUUGUCCAUGAUGAUGAAAUGCUGUCGUGUGUGUCGUUCACCCUGACAGAGCCGCACACCUGUUGCUGUGCUGUUUUUCGUUUCUCACCUGUGUUAGACCCUUCUGAGCUCCAGGCCCUCGGCCUUCUAAGGAGAGUGAUGAAUUCCAAGCACAGUCCCUGGGUUUUGUCUCUUAGUCACUAAGGACUAAUGUUAAGACUCGACUCAGCCCUUACCCAUGUCUAUCUCUCAUGGCUUUGUGUUUAUGAGUCUGUUCUCUGCAGGGCUGGGGUUGGGCCAGUCAUGUGGUAGUGGCUCUCACUGCUCUGGCAAUGAGCUUGCCCCUAGCCCACACUCCCUAGGUUGCCUGGGCCCUGCAGACCUUGUUCAUUCUCUACUGUCUCCUUUCUUUUAGAGGUUCCUGGCACUCAAGGCCUCUGAGGCUGGGCCAUGUCUCUUUGGGAAGCUUGCAUUCCAUGUACUUUGGAAGAGGGGUCCACUGUGGUCCCUCGAAGAGUGUGUUUAGCAGGCACUCACACAUUUUUUUUUUCUUGAGCUGCCUCCACUCUGGUUUGUGUAGGUAUCUGUCUGCCACUGGCCUCGUUUCUCUUUUUAAACCUUAAUUUAUUAUUUUUGGGACAGGCGCCAUUUAAGUCGCCUCCAUGCUUCUUCCUGUUUGACCUGGCAGGAUCAAGCUGGGAGGCUUGAUGAACAAACUCCUUCGGCUGGACAGAGUAUGCAAGGCUUUGAUGCGUAGAAGCACAGGGGUCAGAAUGUUGUGUUGUAUUUUGUGUUUUUGUUUUUUUGUAUGUGUGCGUUUGCAUGUUUGCACUACUUAGGCCCCUCAUGUUCAGCUGCACUGUUUAUCUACUGAGCAAGCAGGAAAUCCAGCAGCACUUCCAGGAGAGGCCUUUCCAUAUGGGUAACCCAGCCUUAGAGGCCUCAUGCAGCAUUUACUGUGGGACUCAGACAGUCCUGGGUGUGGCGGCAGCCCAGGCAGGAAUGCAUGGGGCUGUGGCGUUUGCAGGAAUAAAUCGCUCCUGUGCUGUUCUUGCCUUUGGUUAUAAGAUUGUAAAUUAUUCCCCUCCCCUUUUUGGUGGUAAUAAAG